CUUUUGCCCGUCUCUCUCUCUCCCGAUCGACGGCGACUCUAUUGUCAUUGCCAAGUCAUUCUCUCACAUGCUUAAGUUGGCUAACCUCACUGAGGAGGUUCAGAUUGCUUGCCGUCAACGAAUCAAGUUGAAAAAGGGGGAUUUUGCUGAUGAGAACUCGGCAAUGACUGAAUCAGACAUUGAAGAAACUCUCAAGAGACUUAUGGGGGAACUGAAGAAAUCUCCUGAAGAAGUUUUUGAUGCUCUGAAAAAUCAAACUGUCGAUCUGGUCUUCACUGCUCACCCUACUCAAUUUGUCCGCAGAUCUUUGCUUCAAAAGCGCAGAAGGAUUCGUAAUUGUUUAACCCAAUUAUACGCCAAAGAUAUCACUCCUGAUGAUAAGCAAGAACUUGAUGAGGCUCUACAAAGGGAGUGCCAUUUUCCAACCCAGAGGCUGGUAUAGAUGCCAGUUGUGAAACUAAGGCCCAGUGGCACCCCAGAUGCUAUGAAAUCAGAGGGGAAUGAUUCACUUGACACUUUUAUCAAACAGGCAAUAGGGAAAGCGCCUCCCCUUUCUUUCUCAAGGACAGGAGACAACCCAGUAUGUUUCAUAGAGCAGGAAUCACUCCCAGUAUGUUUCCUUCUGGCAAAAGCUACAUGGACAAUGUUAAAACAUGAUUUUUGGAUUUGGAUAUGUUAUUUUGUGGGUAAUGGUGAUUGGAUAUUAAUUGAAUGAGAAACUGAAUUAAUGCUUUAUUUGUUAUUUGAAUGGGAGUUAUUA